CAGAAGCAACGUGCAUGAAGCCCCGCACGGAACGUACCGCCGUGUCGUAGGUUCGUUCGUGCUCGCCGGCCCUGACAGACAAGCCGGUGUCCUUUUGUAUACGGGCCGUAAAGAAAGCGACGGCAUCAUCGUGAGCCAACGGGCCGUUGUGCGUCGUCGUCGUCGUCGUCAUCGUCGUCCCUCUGUCGUUGUUACAAAUUCCCAAGCCGUGUCGUGUCGCCUUCUUCUCUUCAGUGUAUCGUCGAGAAAAGAUAUAUAUUACCAAACGGACUGAGCGUACUCGUGUCGCGUAUUGUGCUGUGAUUCAGUGACAGGCCGGACAGAACAGGAACGCCGUGAGAGAAACGGUUUGGAAAAUAUUCGAAGAGAGAAAGAGAGAGAGAGGAAGAGUGAGUGUGAUCCGAUAUUGAAGAAACGUUUAUUAUCCGCACACGCAGACACGCUCUCCUCGUGUGCGCGCUUCUGAGAGAGUGAGAAAGAAGGGCAGGGUUAGAAGAAAAGAGUAAGAGAGAGACUACACGUACUCUCUCCCUCUCUUCCCCCCUGUAUAUAAAAUACCUUACUCCGACCGUAGCCUUCCCUUCGGUGUCUCUAUCCGUUCGUAUCUUUUUUUUUCAAUUCUCUAUCUCACUUCUUGUAGCCCUUUCUCAACAUCGCGUCCCUGUGCGUGGUUGUCGUCCUCCUCCUCCUCCACGAGAAAGAGACGGGAGAUUACGUUUUCGGAGAAACGUGAGAAUCGACAGGAGGCCGCGAAAACAUUUCCGAAUAGAAGGACAAUGUUCGUGAGGUAGAAGAAGUAAUAGCAGAAGAAGCACGACGCACGCACGAGGUUGUAGCGCCUUGUCGGACAUACGAUUCUUCGAUUUUAAAGCCGGCGAACGAGAGAGAGAAUUUUCUCUCUAGGCACACAGACGCACACGCACACACUCUCUUACCCUCUGAGAGUUAUAUCGCGUCCUACCGCGUCACGCACACUCUCUACUCUGUGUGUGCAGUGUGUGGCUAUAGGCACACAUAUAUGCAUAUAUAUGUAUAUUAAAUAUAUACACGCGUUCCCGUGCUCGAGAAGCGGGUAGUUUUCUUCUUCAUCCUCGAGUGCUUGGUGUGUAAACGUGUGUGUAAAUAUACAUAUGUAACGUGGAUGGUGUUAUAUAUAUAUAUAUAUAUAUAUAUAUUACAUGUAAUUAAGUACGUUCGUGCCUGUUAAUGUGUAUCGGUGAGAAACGGUGCCCGCGGAUUUUCCAUCAAUCCACCAUUGAAAAAUUAGUGGUUUACCCCACAAUAAUAAUACGGGAUCCAGGGACAUCGUCGACGUCGUCCACGAGGGAGGCAAAAAAUUGGAGAAAUAAGAGAGGGCAAACCGGUGAUUGCUUGACCGAGGAUAAAUAACUCGAUAUAGAAAGUGUCAAGAGGCGAAAAUUAUAGAGACUACAAUAAAACUGUCGGCUAGUUUGUAUAAAGACGAGCCCGUGUAACAUAGAACGUACAGAGAAAGAAAGAUAAGUGUGAAGAAGGAUAAUAAGAGGCAAGUGUGAUCCUGACAGAAGGAACUCCAGAGGAUCCAGUGACAUGUCGGAACAUCAUCGCGUAGCCGGUGGCUGGGGUACCGCCAGUCCCGGUAACAGAGACGAGAAUUCCACCGGUCCCGUCUGGUGGCCGGGUGGAAUGUCCGAGCAACAACAGCAACAACAACAGCAACAAAAUCUUCAUCAGCACCUUCUGAAUCAACAGCAGCAGCAACAGCAACAGCAGCUAACCCAUCAGCAGCACCAGGAGAUCGUGCGGAGCACUGCUGCCGCCACGCAGCAACUAUUCUCCUACAAGAUGGCCUCCAGCUUCCAAAAUCCGUCGACCACGGGCACCCAGUCGAGCGUGUCCACGUCCUCGCCGGUUGGCUCGUGCAUGAGGGCGGCACCUGGUGGCGGAAAUGGCGGCGGAACAGGCGGCGGAGGAGGAGGCGGAGGCGGCGGAGGAGGCGGUGGCGGUGGUCCCACGGGAUACGAUUAUCGGCUACCUGGCAAUCCAGGUGGCGGCGGUGGCGGCGGCCCCGGGGCCCCUGGCGCCGGGCAAACAUCGGCACCACCACCUGGCGUCCAAUGGUGGUAUCCGGGCAGCGUAAUGGACGCCGCGCAGCAGCAGCAGAACAACCUUCAUCAGCAACAGAUGCAACAGCAACACCUAUCGCCCAUUACCACACAAGCGUCCACGCCCCCUAUUAUGUCCCCGCAUCAGAUACAGCAGCUACCACAGCAGAACAAUCUUCAGCAUAAUAACGCGGCAACUCUACAGCGAGACAAAAUGCCCAGAGGAAAGGCAACCGACACAAAACCGCGCGGCAGGAUGACUGCAUACGCCUUUUUCGUACAGACGUGCCGCCAGGAGCACAAGAAGAAACAUCCCGAAGAGAACAUCGUCUUCCAGGAGUUCUCCAAAAAAUGCGCCAUGAGGUGGAAGACAAUGUCCGACAAGGAGAAGAAGCGUUUCCAUGAAAUGGCUGAGAAGGACAAGAAGAGAUACGAUACUGAAAUGCAGAAUUAUACACCGCCCAAAGGAGAGAAGACAACGGGCAGAGGCAAAAAGCGCAAACACUUGAAAGAUCCCAAUGCGCCCAAAAGGUCACUGUCGGCAUUCUUCUGGUUCUGCAAUGACGAGCGUGGAAAGGUGAAGAGUUUAAAUCCAGAAUACGGCGUGGGUGACAUCGCCAAGGAACUUGGCAAAAAGUGGUCUGACGCAGAGCCCGAAACCAAAUCCAAGUACGAGGCUAUGGCAGAGAAAGACAAAGCACGAUACGAGAGGGAGAUGACAGCGUACAAGAAGAAGGCGAAGGACGACGGUCCAGGAGUCGGAGCACCACCGAAAAUUCUGAAGCACGAUAGCGAGGAGGACGUAGAGGAAGAGGAUGGCGAAGAGGACGACGAAUAGCCAACGACGAAUAGAUCAGCGAGUUCUACGCCGUGUCCUCAAGCGAUCCAGAAGCAUACCUCACCUACUGUACAUACCAUUGACCUUAGCGUGAGCGUACUUACACCACCAGCACACCACAACCACAACAACCACCAUAACAACCACUACCACCACCAAUAACACCAUUAGGAGAACAAAUAACUAAUCCUAAUCAACGAUCAUUGAACUCCUCCCCUUUCCCCCACCCCCCGUCUUUACUUCCCCUUCUUCGCAUUAACGAAGACGUUCCUAACCUAAUCUAUCCGUAAUACCGCCUCCCCCCCCAACCUCUUUUGCCAAUAAAACCAUGUGGAGUACGUAUGCUGCUGCUGCUGCUACACUACUAUGUCCGCGGCUCUGUCGUCAUUUCCUGAGCGUUUAACACGGAAUGAAGAUAUCCAGGAUCCUGUUAUUCCUUUCAUUGCUUCCUGAAUUACCCCGUUCAUUCUAUCGCUAUCACUGCACUACCUCUGUAUCCCCCCCUCCCCCCCAAAACCCAGAACCUGCGAUUCUACGAGUAACACGCGUUAUUUUAAUGGAGACAACAAAAUGGAUUGUGUGCGAGUGUAUAACGUGUGAGAAUGAGUUUAAUUGCGUGAAAGGAGAAUGUAUGAAAGUGACAUAGAGAGCACGUGGGAGAGUGUAAGUAAGGAAGGGAGAAGAUGGGAGAGAGCGCGCUAUAGAGAGAGAGAAAGCUGGUGAAAUAGAAAUGAAAGAGAGAGAGAGAGAGAGAGAGAGAGAGAGAGAGAGAGAGAGAGAGAGAGAGAGAGAGAGAGAAAGAGAGAGAAAGAUAUGAAGAGAGCAAGAGUGGGAGAAAAAGAGUUUUAACGGGAAUGAAAGAAACAGAGAGAAAGGUUGAGUAUUAAUGACUAUUUGCCUGAGAGCAGCCGUGUGAGUGGCAUUUGUAUUUUAACAUAUUGAUGAUUAAAUAGUAACAUAUGUAAAGUGGCAUAGGUUAGGGAAAGCGACUAUAGGUGCCCGGUCUACGUUUUAAUGUCCGGUCGAGAGCGCAGGGCCGCGCAAAUCGCUUGAAACAAAUGAAAACUAAGCAAAAACACCUCCAAUUUAUUAUCUCUCUCCGAUCCUUCUCUCAUGCUCUCCGAAGGACGCGACUCGAGACUAGCGACUUCGUCGCUUAGUCAACGCCGACAACCAAUUGUCCAUUAUAUUAAAUACGACUCGCGAUGGUCUUCGUUCACGCUAGGACCAUAUAGACAUUUAAAUAGAUACAUUACAUACAUUGCGUUUAGUACAUAAUACGACACAGUUAAUUAUUAUUUUUUAUUAGCAUUAGUAGUUUCUUCAUUUCAAUGUCUCUUUGUCCUCGUGUCGCGAUCACCCUGGAUAUUCCCCACGAGUUUAUCGGCACUCUGUCGUACUCUCAGUACUAGAACUUUUCACGCGUACCUGCAUAUAGACCUAAUAUUUGAUCACCAACGAUGGAUAUUCGUAUUAUCCUUUCAUUAUGACUGUAUUUACUUUACCUUUUGUUUAAUCAAUUAACGAAUGUACUUCUCUUAGGUAUUGUUGCGCUUUAUCGGUCUUCAAAGGUUGUAAUUUUACCCUGUUUAUUUCAAUUUUUCAAAUCUCGUACCACAAUCACAUUCUCGACACUGGGACAAAUUGACAAAAAAUUAAAGUAGUCCAAAAGGUUGUUACUUGGUAUCGCCGGAAAACCAAUGCACUCUCUAUUUUUCGUUUUGUUUUCCCCGUACGGUGGGUGAUGAGUUGGUAAAACGUGUUUUUUUUUUCAAAGAUUUAAUUAAAACUGUAAUUCUCAUGAAAGAUAAACGUGUCCUGAUGUAUUGUAUUAAUUUUCGUUAUUUUUGUUUUGAACUUUUUUUUUUUAUUAAACCUUGACUCACUGGUUCCAAGAGGCCGACGAGAUUCAAUCAACAACGGCAGAUUAAAUGGUACAAUUCUUCGGAUUCGCAAACCGUGUUUUGAUAUGUAUGUUUUAUUUAAUUUUGCCUCCGAUGCGAAUUCGAGUAACCAACACGCUGGGCUGUUUCACCGUGCGAAUUUUGUUUUGUCAUAGUGUACGCUAUAUACAUACUAUGUAUAUAUAUAUAUAUAUAUAUAUAUAUGCAUACGGACACAGAACAUAAAGACGCGCCGCGACUCUUCGAUACUUUCUCUGUAUUAGAAUGUUAAUCGCGCAACAUUUUUUUUCGCGUACACCAAAAAAUGCGUGUAAACAGAGAUGAAUAAAAGCGAGACACUUUUUUUUAAUUUUAAUUGUCGCCAUUAAGUUAAGAAUCUCCACAAACCUCACCCACCUACCUACCUUAUCGACCGUUACAUACUGGGACAAUAUACAGAGAGAAAGAAAAUGAGAAGCAACGACAAGCACAACAUCGUAACGAGACGAGAAAGAACAGUUGAAAUAUUUAUGCGACGAUGACUGGCCAUUUAUGCCAUUUAUGCCAUGCCAGGAUGCACAUUUUGAAAACACUACUACUUGAGCUUCAUUGACACAAAACAAAGCGAUCCGCUUCGGAGGGCGUUCCUUCGGAAGAGACAACACAUUAACUGUAAAAUAUAAAAUUGUAAUAUUUUAAUACUGAUUUGCCGGAUGUGCAUAAUUUUAGAGAAGAAAAAGAAAAGUGAAAAAGAUUCGACGAGGAAUGCGUUGUCAUGAGAUAGAAAAGAAAAGAUAUAACGUUGGCGAGGAGAGGCGCGAGCUAGUUAGAAAUACUAGGCGUUAGAGAGUAAGAGAGUGACGAGAGAGAAAGAGAGAGAGAGAAUGUGGGCGAUAGGAAGAACAAAAAAAUGGAAUGAGAGCGUAGAUAAGGCAAAGAGUAAUAAGGAUUGCGAGAGAGUGAGAGGGAGAGAGAUUGAGAGCGAGCGAACGUGUAUCCCCUUGAUAAUCUGGAGAUAAGAGGAGGAUAUAGGGAAAAAAUGAGAAAACUAAAAAAAAAGCAUGAAAACGUGUAUUGUAGCUCGGUUCUAGGCACUAUUAAUGGCGGUGUAAUAUCAAAUGAGAGGUUUCCGAUGGAGAAUUGUUUUGUGUGCGCGUGAGCGUCUUAUAAUUAUUAAUUGAAGACAAAGAAAAUGAGAAUGAAAUAAAAAAUAAAAAGUUAUAAGACAAAAA